GAGCUAGAGAACGCCGAGCAGCGCGCAGCAUACAAACCAAUAUUCCAGAGGCCCCCAGCGCUGGCGGCGCACAUAAGCCCAGAGUGGGCAAAGCGCUUCAAGGAUGCGUACCUCAAGGAAGCUUACUGGCGGAGGCGCUACGAGGAGGCAGAUACAGUCUCGAGCGCGUGGACUGCCGGGCGGCGAUAUUUCAGAUCGGACGACGGCUUGCUAUACUUCCUCGACGCGGACUACUUACCGCGGUUAUGCGUCCCGGAUAGCCUCAUCGACGAGAUAUUGAUACGGGCACACGAGGGCCCCAUGGAGACCGCGCACGCAGGG